AUGGACCAAGGAAAUACUUCAAGAGUGACUGAAUUUGUGUUGUACAGUCUUUCAGGUCCACGAGAGCUACAACUCUUCUAUUUUACAUUUUUCACCCUUUUCUAUUUAUCCAUUUUGCUGGGAAACCUCCUCAUUGUGCUCACAGUCCUCUCUGAACCUGCACUCCACACCCCCAUGUACUUCCUGCUCAGCAACCUCUCCCUCAUUGAUGCCUGUCUAUCCACUUUUGCCACUCCCAAAAUGAUUGCUGACUUCCUCAUGGAGCAUAAGACCAUCUCCUUUAAGGGAUGCAUGUCCCAGAUAUUCUUUCUGCACGCCUUUGGUGGUGGUGAAAUGAUGCUCCUUGUGGCCAUGGCAUAUGACAGGUAUGUAGCCAUAUGUCACCCCCUUCAAUAUGCAGCCAUCAUGAGUGUACGUAAGUGCACAGGCCUUGUGGUGGGCUCCUGGCUUAUUGGGGUCCUGCAUUCAGUAAGCCAGUUGAUCUUCACAGUAAAUCUUCCCUUCUGUGGUCCGAAUAAAGUGGACAGCUUUUUCUGCGACCUUCCCUUGGUUAUUAAACUUGCCUGCACUGAUACCUAUAUGCUUGAUAUACUGAUGCUUUCAGAUAGUGGACUAAUGGCUAUGAUCUCCUUUGUGCUCUUGCUCAUCUCCUAUAUGGUCAUCCUGGUCACUGUGCGACGUCGAUCCUCAGAGGGCAUGGCCAAGGCCCGGGCCACCCUGACUGCCCAUUUCACUGUGGUGACCCUCUUCUUUGGACCCUGUAUCUUCAUCUAUGCCUGGCCUUUCAACAACUUCCCAGUGGAUAAGGUUCUCUCAAUAUUAUAUACUGUUUUCACCCCUCUCUUAAACCCUUUGAUCUACACAUUAAGAAAUAAGGAGGUAAUAUCAGCAAUGCAGAAAUUGAGGAGGCGAAAAGUAAGUUCGUAA